AUUUGAAGACAUACAAAUCUAAUUACGUUUAUUCAGAAAGUAUGCGAUUUUUGCCGUUUAGUCACCAUGUAAGCAAUUGGCGACAAGGUAUUUAAGGCAUUUAAUCACUCAAUGCCAUCGGUGUUAUUUCAUCCGAAUUUUGAUCGCGCUUGGCUUAUUAGUUGUUUUGAAUGUUUGCACGUGGGCACGCCGGGCCGUCAUAACAUUGACGAUUAUUCAAACACCAAAUCGAGUUGAAGUAUGAUUUACAUACGUUUUUGUUUUCAAGGGUUGUUUAUUUGCUUAGCGGUAAGUAUUAGUAAGUAAAUGUUUGUAAUGGAGUGAGGGUAUUUUUUUAAAAUUAUGCGUCGUCAUUUGGCGACAGUGUGACUAAAAUUUUUCAGAAUUUGGAAAAAAAAAGGUUGUAAGAAAUCAGUCAUAAUGAGCAAAAAUAAACCGUUAUCUUAUGAGGAAUUGGUCGCUCUAGCAGAGGAGAUGUCAGACAUAGAAUAUCUAAGCGAUGACAACGGGCAAGAUGAGAAUGAAGAGAUAAAUGAAAUUCUGCACAAUAAUGAUAUGAACGAGCUGCUUGAUAGACAAGAAGAUGAAAUUGUUGAUAGUUUGGAAGAGCAUCAAGAAAAUACAGAGGACGUAAGUGAGCAGGUAAUAGUCGGCGAAUCUUCUGUACGUGACGUAAUAAAUGUCCAGAACAAGGAAUCUACUACUAGUGUGACAGAGUUUUUUCUCGAAAAAUGAUCUUACGAUGAAAAAAAACAUACGUUGGAGAAAAAAUGUCACCUACCUUACUCCCCCAACACCGUGGUAUAAAAAAAUGUUGAACAACAUGUUACCUUGGAAAGUCCUUUAUAUUUUAUUAAAAAAUAUUUCACUGAUGAAUUAUUUGAGGACAUGACUAAAUACACCAAUCUUUAUGCUAUUCAACAACGUAGCAAAUUUAAAAAUACCACACAAGAAGAGCUUACAAAUUUUGUGGGAACUCACAUAAUUAUGGGAAAUUUGCACUAUCCCCGGGUUCGUUUCUAUUGGGACUCAAACUUAAGAAUACCUCGUAUAGCAGAUUGUAUGGCUCUCAACAGAUUUUUUAAAAUUCGAAUGGAUGUUCAUU